AUGUCGUCCGUGCCGCUCCUUCGGACCCCGGUCCCUAGCAAUCGUGAUGCCACUCCCAGAGCCCCGAAGCUCACACUGGGCAUCCCUCCAUCGCCUAACGCUAAACCCGUCAAUGGCAAUGGGGUCCCAGCAAUGGUAGCUCCUUCGCAACCUCAACCGGCCCCCUCCCGCCCGGCUCUCCGCCUGGCCACUCCUAUGAUCAACCCGAAUGCCCCGCAGCCCGUCAACCGCACAGCCAACGGUCGACCAGGUCCGCCUUCACUAGCACUGUCCACCGGUGGACUUGGUGUGAAUGGCCAGCCGAUGUUGAAUGGGAAUGGUCGAGGCAGUAAUCCGAUCUCCGCUAAUUCCUCGAUUUCAACGGCCGAUGUCUCGAGGGGUCCUCGCGAGUCUGGCGGCUCCGAUCCCUCAUCGGCAAUCAGCUCAUUUGAUGGGGAAGGUAGCGCUCACCUGGAAGGUGAAAAUGGCGUGAGUGCCCUUUCCUUCGACCUGGAUCGGUUGAGUAUGGAGAAGGGUCGCCCGCUCGAUGUCGAAGACUUGGAUGAUAAGGGCUGGCACGCGGCCAGCGAACAAAAGAAGAUCAUUGAGCUGGGUAGCCUGGGUGAAGGUGCCGGUGGUGCUGUCACUCGCUGUAAACUCAAGGAUGGCAAGACUAUCUUUGCAUUGAAGAUUAUCACUACCGACCCCAACCCCGAUGUUAAGAAACAGAUUGUUCGCGAACUCAACUUCAACAAGGACUGUGCAUCGGAGCAUAUCUGUCGCUACUAUGGUGCCUUUAUGGACAAGACAUCUGGUACAAUCUCCAUUGCUAUGGAAUUUUGUGAAGGUGGUAGUCUUGACAGUAUCUACAAGGAGGUGAAGAAGCUUGGUGGGCGCACAGGAGAGAAGGUACUUGGCAAGGUUGCGGAGGGUGUGCUCAAUGGAUUGACCUACUUGCAUAGCCGCAAGAUUAUCCAUCGAGAUAUCAAACCAUCUAACAUCCUCCUGUGCCGAAAUGGCCAGGUUAAGCUCUGCGAUUUCGGUGUCAGUGGCGAGUUCGGUACCAAAGGCGACGCCAACACUUUCAUUGGCACUUCCUACUACAUGGCUCCAGAACGUAUCACUGGCCAAUCAUACACCAUCACCUCUGAUGUUUGGUCUUUGGGUGUGACUUUGCUGGAAGUCGCGCAGCACCGAUUCCCUUUCCCUGCUGAUGGCACGGAGAUGCAACCCCGCGCCGGAUUAAUAGACCUCCUUACCUACAUUGUCCGCCAGCCCAUCCCCAAACUGAAGGAUGAACCGGAGAAUCGGAUUAAGUGGUCGGAUAACUUCAAGUACUUUAUUGAAUGCUGUCUUGAGAAAGAACCUCCUCGACGAGCAACUCCUUGGCGGAUGCUGGAACAUCCUUGGGUGCAGGAUAUGAAGAACAAGAAGGUCAACAUGGCAAACUUCAUCACGCAAGUGUGGGACUGGAAGAAUUAAAACACCAAAAGUCAUUCGCCCGGUCC